AUGUCAGAGAGAUUACAGUCAGUCAGUAACCAUCUACAGGCAAGUAUUUCAAAUUCGGUUGGGUUUGUAUGUCCAACUAAAAAGAACCCAGAUGAUGUUGUAAUUAUUCAAGCAAAAAGAUCGGCAAUCGCAAAAGGCUUUAAAGGGUCUUUCAAAGAUUUAAAUACAGAUUAUUUAUUACAACAAUUUUUAAUUGAAUUCUUGAAGACGUUGCCUGAUAAUUUGAAGAGCAAUCCGCGACUAAUUGAAGAAAUCGUUUGCGGUAAUGUUUUGAAUUAUGGUGCAGGUGCAACUGAACAUAGAAGUGCUUGUUUGGCGGCAGGUAUACCCUACACUACUGCUUUCAUGGCUUUAAAUAGGCAAUGUUCUUCUGGUUUAACUGCGGUGAACGAUAUUGCAAAUAAAAUUAAAACAGGCCAAAUUGAAAUUGGCUUAGCAUUGGGUGUUGAAUCAAUGACAAAAAACUACGCUUCAGUAAAUCCAUUAGGUAGAAUAUCAGAAGAGAUGAAAAUAAAUAAAGAAGCAAGAAAAUGUUUGAUUCCAAUGGGUAUUACAAACGAAAAUAUAGCUCAACAAUUUGGUAUUUCAAGAAAAGAACAAGAUGAAUUUGCAGCAAAUUCUUAUAAGAAGGCAUCAAAUGCAAUUAAAAAUGGUUUAUUUAAAAAUGAAAUAUUGCCAAUUAAAACUCCCGAUGGAAAAAUUGUCACUAUAGAUGAAGGUCCAAGGGAAGGUGUCACAGCAGACUCUUUAGGUAAUUUAAAGCCAGCGUUCAUUAAAGAUAAAGGUAGCACUACAGCAGGUAAUGCAUCUCAAGUUUCAGAUGGUGUUGCAGGCGUCUUGUUGACUCGUAGAAGUGUAGCGGAAAAAUUUGGUUUCCCAGUUAUUGGACGUUACCUAGCGUUUCAAGCAGUUGGUGUUCCACCGGAAGUCAUGGGCGUAGGACCAGCUUACGCUAUCCCAAGAGUCUUAAAAGAUGUCGGAUUGACAAUUGAUAAUAUUGAUGUCUUUGAAAUAAACGAGGCCUUUGCUGCACAAGCACUUUACUGUAUUAAUAAACUAGGCAUCAAAAGAGAAAAAGUAAAUCCAAAAGGAGGAGCGAUUGCAUUGGGACAUCCCUUAGGUUGUACUGGUGCUCGUCAAGUUGCCACGAUCAUGAACGAGCUAAAAACUAACCAAAUUGGUGUAGUCAGCAUGUGUAUUGGUACAGGUAUGGGUGCAGCAGCCGUGUUUAUCAAAGAAUAA